AUGGGGUCAACUAACUUGGAUAUAGAGCAAAAAGUCGCUGAUUCCCCGGCUCAGGAAAAUGCCAACAAUAUAUCACAGUCUCCAGAAAAAGAGUCCGAGUUGACAUUCGACACGGGGUUACAUACAUGGCUCCAAGCUUUGGGCUCAUUCUUUCUCUUCUUCAAUUCAUGGGGCAUUAUCAAUACAUGGGGUGCAUAUCAAACCUAUUAUGAGCGAGAGUUGCUCGUCGGUACUUCAUCAUCAACCAUUGCCUGGAUUGGAUCACUGCAGUCUUUCCUUCUGAUGAUGGUUGGAGUCAUUACAGGUCCCCUGUUUGACGCUGGCUAUUUUCGAUCGCUCAUCAUCUUCGCUGCAUUCCUGCUACCCUUUGGCUUGAUGAUGACCAGUCUUGCCACAAAAUAUUGGCACCUGAUUCUUUCCCAGGGCCUUUGCAUCGGAAUCGCAGCAGGCUGCCUUUUCGUGCCCUCCGUUGCCAUCCUACCACAAUACUUCCGCCGCAAGAGAGGCCUCGCCAACGGCUUGGCUGCCAGUGGCAGCAGUAUCGGUGGCGUUAUCUACCCAAUUAUGUUCGAUCAGUUGCAGAAAAAGGUCGGUUUUGCCUGGGCUACGCGAGCACUUGGGUUUGUCUGCUUUGGCACAAUUUGCGUUUCUAUCAGCAUCAUGCGCUCACGCUUCCAGCCAAAGGAGAAGCGCAAGCUCUACCAGUUGUCUGCCCUAAAGGAGCCAGCCUUUACUAUCUUCGCCAUUGCCAUGUUCAUUGGCUUCUUGGGUUUCUACAACUUCCUUUUCUAUGUGCAGUCAUACGCAAUAGAGACAGGCAUUGUAGACUCCAACCUAGGAUUCUACCUACUCUCCAUGCUAAACGCCGCCUCAACCUUCGGCCGUAUUGCGCCCAACUUCCUCGCCGACCACGUUGGCCCUUUGAAUAUGCUCACACCCGCCGUGACCAUCACUGCCAUCCUGGCCUUUGUUUGGAUCCGUGUUCAUACCGUACCCGGCAUCAUCAUCCUUGCCGUCUUCUACGGCUUCUUCUCGGGUGGGUUUGUGUCUCUGCCGCCUGUGGUCAUGGCGAGCAUGACUCCGGACGUGCGCAAUUUGGGCACACGCUUGGGCAUGGUCUUUGCGAUCACUUCUAUAGGCCUGUUGAUCGGUACCCCCAUCGGCGGUGCAAUCCUGGCCGAUACAAACCAAUUCCUUGGAGUUCAGCUUUUCACUGCUUGCUGCCUCACCACCUCUGCGGUUCUUAUGACCUGCGUCAGAUUUCUGCGCUCCGGUCUUAGGUUCCAUGUCAAGGCUUGA